ACCCCAGUGAAAAUGAUUGUUCGACGCCGAUCUCGCCGCGCCCGCAUGUGGAACAUGGGGCUGCUGUUCCUCAUCUACUACUGCGUCAGCAUCUACUCCGCCAAGGGUGACACAAAGGAGGCCUCCCUGCCCCUGGAUGUGGGCAGCCUGGCCGAGGAUGCCGGCGAUGCGGAGGCCAACGGUGAAGUGCCCGCAGAGCUUCCCGCCGAAGGCAACACUGAGGGCAGCACUGUGCUGGAGACCACUCCAUGGCCAGAGGCCACCACGAAGGCCACUCCCAUUCAUGGAGCUGUCCCCACCUGGCGACCCAAGCGUGACAACUGCACGCCGCCGGCCAUCGAGCAGUUCCCGCAGCCGUUGAUGAACAAGUGGGCGCGGCGGCAUGGUGGUCUCAUCCUGCACAUCCUGGUGGCCGUCUUCACCUUCUUCGGCCUGGCCAUUGUGUGCGACGAGUACUUUGUGGCCAGCCUGGACCGGCUAUGCGAGGAGCUCAAGCUGUCACCGGAUGUGGCGGGGGCCACGUUCAUGGCGGCCGGAAGUUCGGCUCCGGAGCUGGCCACCGUGGUGAUUGGCGUGUUCUUCGCCAAGGACGACAUCGGCAUCAGCGGAGUCAUCGGCUCGGCCGUAUUUAACAUCAUGUUUGUGAUCUCCGUCUGCGCUUUGUGCUCGGGCACAGUCUGCCAACUGAACUGGUGGCCCUUGGUGCGGGAUUGCUUCUUUUACUGUGUCUCCAUUCUGGUAAUGCUGAUAAUCAUCUUCAACGAUGUCAUAUCCUGUUUUGAGUCUGUGGUGAUGCUGCUGUGCUACGUGGGUUACUGUGUGGCCCUUCACUUCAACACGGAGCUGGAACGGUGGGCCCUGAGCCUAAACCUGCCCUUCAAGCUGCCCAGCAAGGAGGAGCAGUCGGCCCUAGUGACCUACAAGAAUGUACCGGAGAGCUCUUACACUCAGGGCGGUGCUGGCCAGGGACAGCAGCAGACAAGCCUGUCCAAAGAUCCUAAUGAGGGCCGUGCUGCAGAGCCACAGAACGAGUACCAGAACUACAGCGACCCCAAUGCCAGUUGGGACCCGAACUCCGCCUGGGGAGAGGAGAGCCAGCCGAAGCCGGUGGUCAGUGCUAGAUUCAACCCGCCGCCGGUCGACGACUGGGGCACCAGCCAGUUUGGUCAGGAUCAGGGGCAGGAGAACAUGGGCUAUAAUGCCGACCAGCCAGAGUCAGUGGUUACCGGAGAGACGGCGGCAGCGGCACCCAAGAGCGGUGGAGCCCAGGUGGUGGCACAAGCAGCGCCCGGUGGUGUUGACUACUACAAAUCGACGGACAAGCAACGUGAGCAGCGUCCUGAUCCCCUGAUCCGACCCACGGAGGGCGGUCUGCCAGCACUGGUCUCCUGGUACGUGGUCUAUCCGAUCCACUUCCUCUGCAAAAAGACGAUGCCCGACUGCCGGCAGGAGCAGUAUCGUAACUGGUAUCCCUUCACCUUCCUGAUCUCGAUGGUGUGGAUAUCGUUCUACUCGUACUUCAUGGUCUGGAUGAUCACCGUGAUUGGGUCCACGUUGGCCAUUCCGGACACCGUGAUGGGUCUGACGUUUGUGGCCGCUGGCGUGUCCGUCCCGGAUGCCCUAAGCUCAAUAGCCGUUAUCAAAGAGGGCUUCGGCGACAUGGCCGUGUCGAACGCGAUUGGCUCGAAUGUCUUUGAUAUACUAGUGUGCUUAGGUCUUCCCUGGUUUAUACAAACGGCCAUCAUAAAGCCCGGCUCCCACGUCAACGUAAUAUCCAAGGGACUGGCCUACUCCACGCUGUCGCUCUUCUCCACCGUGGUCUUCUUGAUCCUGUCAACGCAUUUGAACGGAUGGAAGCUGGACAAGCGACUGGGCAUCAUCCUGAUGGUUUGGUACCUGUUCUUCAUCACGCUGGCGUCGCUCUACGAAUUGAAUGUCUUUGGCUACAUGAACCCACCCGAGUGUGCCAGCGAUUACUAAGCACCCCGACGAUGACCGAAACGCACUUAUGUUUUCACUACCAGCACCAAGUACCAUAUAUACAUAGAUCAGGGAUGCCCUAGCCGGACACCUUGAGGCUCCAUCACUGAAAACAAACGAGAGGAUGGGAUAUAGGGCAUCCCUGUUAUAGAUAAAUAACAUAUAGAGUCGUUCAUAGCCGCAUCUAAAAGAUAAACCGAAAUCACUGCAACAAUUCGACCGAAGGAUGGAUGAGUUUGGGUACCAUUUACCUAACGUUAAUUAGAGGACAAAAUGAAUACUCAAAGCGCGUUUUACAUGAAUUUUUACAUUGCACCAAGAGACAUAGGAGACGAUAAACCAAAAAUGAUAAAUUAUAUAAAUGUACAUGUAUAUUAUAUUUAUUAAUAUGUAU